AUGUUAUAUUUCAACACUCGUGGAUUUAGUGGAACAGGAGUUGUUUAUUCUCCAUUCCUGGAUAGCCGUCUGGCCGUGUCCGCCUCGGCAAACUUUGGACUCGUAGGCAAUGGCCGGCUGUAUAUUCUUGACAUUACACCCGACGGCACAAUCGUCCCGGUAAAGUCCUUUGAUACCCAAGAUAGCCAAUGUGGUGUCGCAUGGUCAGAAACACAUGAAAACCAGCUGGUUACGGCCGGGGGAGAUGGUGCAGUACGCCUAUUCGACGUCACGACCCCCCAACCUUUUCCUUUGCAAGUUUUCAAAGAACAUACCCAAGAAGUAUUCUCCGUCAACUGGAACUUGACGGAAAAAGUCACAUUCUGUUCUGCAUCAUGGGAUGGGACAAUUAAAAUAUGGAACCCAGCUCGAACUCAGUCCCUUCUUACUUUGGGUAUUCAACAAUCACAUGUUCAAGCGCCGCACCCGGCACCGGGGGCGCCCGGCACUUCGAGCACAGAAAAACGCUGCGUGUAUCAGGCCAAGUACGCACCAUCUAAUCCUACUCAAAUCCUUGCUGCCUAUGCCGAUGCGUCUGCCAGAAUAUGGGAUGUUCGUACGGGAAACCCCGCAAUGGUCAUCCCGGCCGUUCUGGGCGGUGACUGCUUGACUGCGGAUUGGAACAAGUAUCAGCCAAACGUCAUUGCUACCGCAGGUGUCGAUAAGGCUGUAAAGAUCUGGGACCUCCGCAACUUGUCUGUACCUGUGAACGACCUGCGUGCUCACCAAUACGCUGUGCGUUCAGUCAAAUGGUCCCCCCACUCCCCCACACACCUUUUGUCAGUGUCCUACGACAUGACUGCAAAAGUAUGGAACGACUACCGUGACCGCCAUGUGCCUGCAACUGGGCCCCGUGGUCUAAUCAGCAGCUUUGACCGACACACCGAGUUUUUGAGCGACUGCGACUGGUCAUUAUGGGGCCAACCGGGCUGGGUCGCUACGGUGGGCUGGGACCAGAUGGUUUACGUUUGGAAAGCCGUAUAG